AGAUGAUUCCUAGCCUAGUGGAAGCCUGAAAGUAUAAAAGCGUGUGUUUUCUUACUCAGUUCAGAUUCCCCAUCAUCGUCACUGCCCACUACCUUCUUUGUUCCAGUUUUCGAUAUCUUUUCCGUUAGUUCAUGAUAUUUGGGUGGACAGAGAAGCACAGCUGUUCUUCUAGUGGGAAUUCUAUUGGCUGUGAGAAAGACUUGGGAAUACAGUCCAUUUCAAGAAGUAAGGGGAGGGCACAACUGGGAAAGGAUAGAAAGCAUGUUGUUCCCAACCUACCAAGGUACUGUGCUCCCCAUUUAGAGAUAGGCUGCUCUUAGACUCUUCUCCUCACCCUAAAAUAGUUGGUUUACUUUGGUAGAACUUGGGGAAGUGUGAGAAAUUAGGAGAGGAAUGUCUUCUCACUUGACCACUGAAAAAUGUUUGGGGAAGGUUGUUGUUGCCUGUCACCUUUAUCUAAUCCUGCGUGGUGACUUAGACUGUCAGAUUUUAAACUCCAGUGUUUCCUAGGAGGCAUGUUGUACCAAGUUGGGCUGCAUAACUCACCAUUUUUCUCCUCCCCCCCCCCUUUUCUUUAUCUCCUUUUGCCUUUCUCCAGCUGUGCUACCUAUGUCUUCAGCCUUGAGUGUCACUGCUGCCUUAGGGCAGCCUGGACCUACCCUCCCCCCUCCUUGCUCUCCUGCCCCACAACAGUGCCCUCUCUCAACUGCUAACCAGGCUGCCCCAUUCCCUUCCCCCUCUACUAUUGCCUCGACCCCUUUAGAAGUUCCUUUUCCCCAGUCAUCCUCUGGAACAGCCGUACCUUUGAGAACUGCCCCUGAAGCCCCAACCUUCCUACCAAACCUAAUAGGGCCUCCCAUCUCCCCAGCUGCCUUAGCUCUAGCCUCUCCCAUGAUAGCUCCAACUCUGAAAGGGACCCCGUCCUCUUCAGCUCCCUUAGCUCUGGUUGCCCUGGCUCCCCACUCAGUUCAGAAGAGUUCUGCUUUUCCACCUAACUUUCUUACUUCACCUCCUUCAGUGGCUGUAGCUGAGUCAGGAUCAGUGAUAACUCUGUCAGCUGCCAUUGCUCCCUCAGAACCAAAGACUAAUCUUAUUAAAGUUCCCUCUGAGGUAGUCCCUAAUCCAAAAGGCACCCCCAGCCCUCCAUGUAUAGUCAGUACUGUUCCUUACCACUGUGUGACUCCCAUGGCCUCUGUUCAAUCUGGAGUGGCCUCCCUUCCUCAGACAACACCCACAACUACCCUAGCCAUCGCUUCCCCUCAAGUCAAAGACACCACCAUUUCCUCAGCUCUGAUUUCUCCACAAAACCCAGGAAGCCUCAGCCUGAAGGGGCCUGUUAGUCUACCUGCUGCCUUAUCUCUUUCAACUCAGUCUCUUCCUUUGGUGACCUCUUCUCAAAAGACUGCAGGUCCCAACACCCCCCCAGAUUUUCCCAUUUCUCUGGGCUCUCAUCUUGCACCUUUACAUCAGAGUUCUUUUGGUUCUGUCCAACUUUUAGGUCAAACAGGUCCUAGUGCUUUGUCAGACCCUACAGUGAAGACCAUUUCUAUAGAUCAUUCUUCCACAGGGGCCUCUUACCCUUCUCAGAGAUCUGUAAUUCCUCCCCUUCCUUCCAGAAAUGAGGUAGUUCCUGCUACUGUGGCUGCCUUUCCAGUGGUGGCUCCAUCUGUUGACAAAGGUCCCUCUACCAUCGCUAGCAUAACCUACAGCCCUUCUGGCUCCUUAAAUGUAGCUACCUCUUCUUCAUUAUCUCCUACAACCUCUCUCAUUCUCAAAAGCUCUCCUAAUGCCACUCAUCAUUAUCCUUUAGUGGCCCAAAUGCCCGUUUCUUCUGUUGGAACCACCCCACUUGUGACUAACCCCUGUACAAUUGCUGCAGCACCUACUACCUUUGAGGUAGCUACUUGUGUUUCUCCUCCAAUUUCAUCAGGUCCCAUAAGUAAUAUAGAACCAACUUCCCCUGCUGCCUUGGUUAUGGCACCUGUGGCUCCCAAAGAGCCUUCUACUCAAGUAGCAACCACUCUGAGGAUACCAGUCUCUCCUCCUCUGCCAGACCCUGAAGACCUCAAAAAUCUCCCCAGUUCAGUAUUGGUUAAAUUUCCAACACAAAAAGACCUCCAAGCUGUACCUGCCUCUCCUGAAGGAGCCCCUUUCUCUCCAGCCCAAGCAGGACUCACCACCAAGAAAGACCCUACUAUAUUACCAUUAGCCCAGGCAGCCCCUAAAAAUUCCCCUUCUUUCCAAAGUACAUCCUCUUCUCCAGAGAUACCUCUUUCUCCUGAAGCCACCCUAGCAAAGAAAAGCCUUGGAGGGCCUCUCCCUAUACGUAAGCCAGCAAGCAGUAUGACCUCCCCCCUGGGUGUUAACUCCUCGGCCUCUGUAAUCAAGACAGAUUCUUAUGCAGGCCCAGACCCUGCUGGUCUGCUUCUCAAAAGUUCUCUCAUUACCCCAACAGUGGCUGCAUUUCCUUUGGAAAGUGCUGACCCUGCUGGGGUGGCUCCCACAACUGCCAAAGGUACCUCAACUUAUACAACUACAGCCAGCCCUUUUCUAGAAGGAACUGUCUCUUUAGCUCCUAAAAACCACCCAGUUAAGGAAGGUACUCUUACUACUUUACCCUUGGUUCCUACAGCUUCAGAAAAUUGCCCUGUGGCUCCAUCCCCCCAGAAUACCUCUGCUCCUCUAGCUACCUUAGUGCUGGCCCCUGAAAUCCCAAAGUCUGUGCCCUCACCCUCUCUUCCCCCAGCUGGGACUCCUCCAGGUACAAAAAAGGUUGAAGGUAUUUCUCAUACUUCAGCAUUGGCACCUUUUGCUUCCUCUCCCAAAGAGUGCCCAACUGAGGACUCUGGUGCUUCUGCUACUGCAUCUUCCAAAGGAACUCUGACUUACCUAGCUGACUCCCCAUCUCCUUUAGGGGUUAGUGUGUCUCCUCAGACUAAAAGACCUCCAACCAAGAAGGGUUCUGCUGGCCCUAAUACUCCUGUUGGAAAUCUCUCGUCCCCUGUUUCUCCAGUUGAAGCUUCAUUUCUUCCAGAGAAUAGUCUUUCUUUCCAAGGCUCUAAAGACUCACCAGCCACGAAGCAUUCUCCCACUCCUCCAUCCCCCAAAGGGGCCCCUACUCCCUCAGCUGUGACUCCUCUGUCUCCCAAAGAGACCCCCACUCCUUCAGCGGUGGAUCUGCCCUUCCCCAAAGAGGGUCCAGCUACCCCAGCACCCAAACAGGCUCCCCCUCUAUCCAUGACUUCUUCCUCCCCCAAAAAGGCCCGAGCAACUCCAGCCCCCAAAGGAGGCCCAGCUACCCCAACCCCCAAAGGGGCCCCCACACCCCCAGCUGCAACUCCUCCCUCCCCCAAAGGAGGUCCAGCUACUCCAUCCCCCAAAGGGGCCCCCACACCCCCAGCUGCAACUCCUCCCUCCCCCAAAGGAAGUCCAGCAGCUACCCCAUUCCCCAAAGGCACCCCCACAACCCUAGCUGCAACUCCUCCAUCCCCAAAAGGAGGUCCAGCUACCCCAUCCCCCAAAGGGGUCCUAACACCCCCAGCUGCAACUCCUCCCUCCCCAAAAGGAAGUCCAGUAGCUACCCCAUUCCCCAAAGGGGCCCCCACACCCCCAGCUGCAACUCCUCCCUCCCGAAAAGGAGGCCCAGCUACCCCACCCCACAAAGGGGAUCCCACUCCCCUAGCUGCAACUCCUCCCUCCCCAAAAGAUGCUCCAACACCCCCAGCUGCAACUCCUCCCUCCCCAAAAGGAGGCCCAGCUACCCCAUCCCCCAAAGGGGCCCCCACUCCACGAGCUGCAACUCCUCCCUCCCCAAAAGGAAGUCCAGCAGCUACCCCAUUCCCCAAAAGGGCCCCCACUCCCCCAGCUGCAACUCCUCCCUCGCCAAAAGGAGGUCCAGCUACCCUACCCCCCAAAGGGGCCCCCACUCCCCCAGCUGCAACUCCUCCCUCCCCAAAAGGAGGUCCAGCUACCCCAUCCCCCAGAGGGGCCCCCACUCCCCCAGCUGCAACUCCUCCCUCCUCAAAAGGAGGUCCAGCUACCCUACCCCCCAAAGGGGCCCCCACUCCCCCAGCUGUAACUCCUCCCUCCCCAAAAGGAGGUCCAGCUACCCCACCCCACAAAGGGGCCCCCAAUCCCCCAGUUGUAACUCCUCCCUUUCCAAAAGGAGGCCCAGCUACCUCGCCCCCCAAAGGGGCCCCCACUCCCCCAGCUGCAACUCCUCUCUCCGCUAAAGGGACCCCCACUCUCCCAGCUACAACUCCUUCCUCUAAAGGAGGCCCAACUACCCCAUCCUCCAAAGAGGGCCCCACUCCCCCAGCUGCAACUCCCUCCCACAAAGGAGGUCCCGCUAUGACUCCUCCCUCCCCCAGAAGAGGACCAGUUAUCCCAUAUCCCAAAGGGGACCUCACUUCCCCAGCAGUGAUUCCUCUCUCCCCCAAAAAGGCUCCAGCAACUCCAGUCACUGGAGAAGGCACAGCCACCCCAUCCAAAGGAGAUCUCACUCCCCCAGCAGUGACUCCUGUCUCCCUCAAAAAGGCCCCAGCAACUUCAGCCCCCAAAGGAGGCCCAGCUACCCCAUCCUGCAAAGGGGAUCCCACCCUCCCAGCAGUGACUCCUCCUUCCCCCAAGGAGCCCCCAGCCCCCAAACAAGCUCCCACUUCUUCCUCUCCCAAAAAGGCCCCAGCAACUCCGGCCCCCAAAGGGACUCCCACUUCCCCACCUGUGACUCCUUCCUCCCUCAAAGACUCCCCUACCUCCCCAGUUUCUGUCACAUGUAAAAUGGGGGCCACUGUUCCUCAAGCAUCUAAAGGGCUUCCAGCAAAGAAAGGCCCCACAGCUCUGAAAGAAGUACUUGUUGCUCCAGCUCCAGAAAGUACGCCAGUCAUCACAGCUCCCACUCGGAAAGGUCCACAGACCAAAAAGAGUUCUGCUACUUCACCUCCUAUAUGCCCAGAUCCCUCAGCUAAGAAUGGUUCUAAAGGACCCCUUUCCACAGUGGCUCCAGCCCCUCUACUCCCUGUUCAGAAAGACUCUUCAAAGACAGCAAAAGGCAAAGAUGCUUCUCAUUCCCCAAAGGGCCCCUUGGCUCCUCCUGAGUCUAAGGCAUCCACCCCUCUAACAGCAGCUGCCUCUGAGAAGGUCCUUCCUAAACCUGAAUCAGCAUCUGUCUCUCCAGCACCCACCCCACCAGUCUCUCUGCCUCUUGCUCCCUCCCCAGUUCCCACUCUGCCUCCUAAACAGCAAUUUCUGCCGUCCUCACCUGGGCUGGUGUUGGAAUCACCCUCUAAACCCCUAGCCCCUGCUGAUGAGGAUGAGCUGCCGCCUCUGAUUCCCCCGGAACCAGUCUCUGGGGGAGUGCCUUUCCAGUCGGUCCUCGUCAACAUGCCCACCCCUAAACCUGCUGGAAUCCCUGUCCCAACCCCCUCUGCCAAGCAGCCUGUUAUGAAGAACAACAAGGGUAUUUGCCUUGGUUUGCCGUGUGCAUGGUGUGUCUGUCGUCCACACCCCUCUUGGGGGCUACCCACCAAUACUAACCCUGUGAUGCGCCGCUUUCUCCAGUGAAUCUGCUUGGGUUUGGAUGUAGAACAUAGAAUGAUAAUUUUAAAUGCAAAAGUUCUAGGAAUAUGAAACCAAAUCUUGGUUUUCAUUACUUCAAAUAGAUACAUAGUACAUUGUGUAUCAUUUUUGUAUAAUGUGGCCCGGACUACCCUGAGCCUGCCAUACCAUCUAUUUUACCUAAUUGAUCUGACAUUGAAAACCAAGACCUGCCAGACCUUUUAAUUUGCUCUAAUCCCUACCACAUCACUAACUAACCUUGUCCCUGGGCCUGAGAUUUGCUAAAAUUAUUGGAGAAUUGAACUGUUUGUAUUUAUUUUUCCAUUCUUAGACUUGGUAAUGACCAGUUGCCCAGGGACUCCCUUUUCAUAAAAAUGUAGAAACCUGUUUUUCCUAGCCUGAAAAUGGUGCAGGUGUAUGCUUUUUUUCCUCAGUAGUCUUUACUGAUGCUUGGCCUUUGAAUUGAAAGAAAUUUAUGUGAAUUAUGUUUGGAAAAACUAGAGAUACAGGUCAACAUCAUUGAGAAUCUUCUAAUUAUAUUGAUUAGAUCACAUUGCUGGGGUGAAUGGUUUGAAAAUAAGGCUGAAUAUGUGUACGUGACUGCUUUUGACUUCCUCCAACCCAGUUUAAAAGUUGAGGGGAGGCUGGGCGCGGUGGCUCACGCUUGUAAUCCCAGCACUUUG